AUGCAGCUCACACUUGCUUUCGUCGCGGGCCUCAUGUCCACCGGCGCUUUCGCCGCGACUGUGCCCGUCGAGGCUCGCGGCUACCCGGGCCUGAAUAAUGUCCAGAGCCGCAACGCCAAGGCUGCCAUUGGCGAGGUCCGCGCCGAGGGCCUGAACAGACAGGCUUGCCUGGCUGUCAUUAGCACUGCUCUCCAGGAGUCUGAGCUGCAGAUCUACGCCAACCCCAGAGUCCCUGCUUCGAUGAACUACCCCCACGACAAGGUCGGCGGCGACCAGGACAGUGUCGGCAUGUUCCAGCAGCGCGCUCAAUUCUACCCCAACAUUGCCACCGACAUGUCUGCUGCCGGCAGCACUCGCCAGUUCCUGUCCGUCAUGAAGGGCAUCAAGGGCUGGCAGACGAUGGAGAUCUCUGCCCUGGACCAGGCCGUCCAGAGGGCCCAGGCAGGUAACCUUUACGCGAAGCGUAUUCCCCUCGCCAAGCAGGUCUGCAGUGCUGCUGGAUUCUAA